AUGGCCGUUAUCAAUCAGCCAGCGAGUCAAAUCAAGCUCACGAAUGUCUCCUUAGUGAGAAUGAAGAAAGGCAAAAAAAGGUUUGAGAUUGCAUGCUAUCAGAAUAAAGUUCAGGACUGGAGGCUGAAGGUUGAAAAAGAUCUUGAUGAGGUCUUACAAAUUCCGCUGGUGUUCUUGAACGUAUCAAAAGGGCAAGUGGCCAAUAAUUCAGACUUGUUGAAGUACUUCGGUAAGACCGAUAGUAAUGAAAUCAUCUUAGAGAUAUUGGAAAAAGGUGAGAUCCAGUUGAAUGAAAAGGAAAGAUCAGCCAAUUUACAACAGAAGAAUAAUGAGUUUUUAAAUAUAAUAUCAACCAAAUGCAUCAAUCCCAAGUCAAAAAAGAGAUACCCACCAUCUAUGAUUCAGAAGGCCUUGAACGAAAUCAAGUUCCAUUUGAAUCCAAAUAAACCCACCAAGUUACAGGCAUUAGAGGCAAUUAAAUUGCUAAUCGCAGAACAGCUUUUCCCUAUUGCAAGAGCUCAGAUGAAGGUUAAGAUUGUUUUAGAGAAUAAAGCUAAGAAGCAGAUAUUUGAAGAGCAUAUUUCACCUCUUAUUGAUAAGGUCGAGGAAGAAAACCAAGAAACUAAAUUUUACGAGUGCAUCUGUAUCAUUGAUCCGGUAAAUUACAGAACUAUUGUAGACUUGUUACAGGGGGAGAAUGCCAAGGUUAAAAAGGGCGAAGGCUCUAUUGAAGUAUUGGAUAUGGCUGCUAUAAAGGAGGAAUAA